CUGGAGUUCGUGCAGAUAGUGGUCAUCGUGGUAGUGAUGAUGGUAAUGGUGGUGAUGAUCACGUGCCUGCUGAGCCACUACAAGCUGUCAGCCCGCUCCUUCAUCAGCCGGCACAGCCAGGCCAGGAGGAGAGACGACGGACUGUCCUCAGAAGGAUGCCUCUGGCCCUCAGAGAGUACGGUGUCAGCCGCAAUGCCAGAGCCACAGGUCUAUGCCCCUCCUCGACCCAGUGCCCGCCUGGCUGUGCCCCCCUUCGUCCAGCGGAGCCGUUUCCAGCCCACCUACCCCUACCUGCAGCAGGAGAUCGCCCUGCCGCCUACCAUCUCACUGUCCGAUGGGGAGGAGCCCCCACCCUACCAGGGUCCCUGCGCCCUCCAGCUGCGGGACCCUGAGCAACAGCUGGAGCUGAACCGAGAGUCUGUGCGCGCGCCCCCCAACCGGACCAUCUUCGACAGCGACCUCAUGGACAGCACCAUGCUGGGAGGCCCCUGUCCCCCCAGCAGUAACUCGGGCAUCAGCGCUACCUGCUACAGCAGCGGUGGGCGCAUGGAGGGGCCGCCCCCCACCUACAGUGAGGUCAUCGGUCACUACCCGGGGUCCUCCUUCCACCACCAGCAGAGUAACGGGCCGCCCUCCCUGCUAGAGGGGACCCGGCUCCACCACCCUCACCUUGCCCCCCUGGAGAACAAGGAGAAGGAGAAACAGAAAGGUCACCCCCUCUAAGAGUGGGGGCCGGGGCACCUGUAGGCAAACGGCAGAAACACUCCGCACUUAAGAGAGAAGAGAGAGGAAGGCAGAGGACACACAGGCCGUGUGACGUGUGCCAGCUCUCCUCUCUGUGUAUAAAUAUUUACAUGUUCUGUGUGGUCUGAAUGCAGAAGCUCAGAAAGCUUGCAAAAAAAAAAAAAAUUACCACGUUCCUUUGUCGAGCUGUGUCUUGAAGGCAAAAGAGAAAACCCUCCACUAGUCUUUUUUUUUUUCAUUGUUCUUAGUUGAGCUCCAUGUGUGAAUGCUUAAUUUCUUUUGUUUAUGAUGGUUUCACUUAACUUUAAAGACAUAUUUGCACAAAACCUUUGUUUAAGAUCUGCAAUAUUAUAUAUAUAAAUA